GAGCUGCCAAUCAGCCGUCAGUUACCGCCGGUCCUGGGGAUUCGUGGUGCGAAGUGACAGGUCCAUUUAAACCUGAGAGACCAAAGGCAGACUCCAUUUCAAAACAGAGCUGCAAGGAAUCUCCAUCCUUUCGCAUAGCUCCCCCCCUUGUGUGUGUUUCUCUUGCAAAGAGAGCGAGGGGGAAUACGCGUUUGUUUAAUCCCGUGGCGGCGUUGGAAGUGUUUGGGGAACGCGGUCGGUGGCGCUGAAACGGGAGCUGGAACAGGUGCAGGAGGGGCGAAUGGCCAGGGAAUCCGUCCAGGUCCCCGACGAUGUGGAUUUUACCUCUUUCAGGGAGGAAUGCAAUUCCGAGAAGGGCUGGUGUCUGAAGUAUAAACGCUCCGGGAUCACCGUCUGGGUGCAGAUGACGGAGGAGGAAAAGGCAUUGCAUAAAAUUAAGUGCCGGAUGCAGUGUAAGGAGCUGAGCGCGGAGACGCUGUACGAUGUUCUCCACGACGCCGAGUACCGCCGCAAGUGGGACGAGAACAUGAUCGAGACCUUCGACAUCGGGAGGCUGACGGCCAACGCCGACGUCGGUUACUACGCCUGGAGGUGCCCAAAACCCUUGAAAAACCGUGACGUGGUCACCCUGAGGUCAUGGAUACCCAUGGGCACGGAUUAUAUCAUCAUGAACUACUCAGUCAAACACCCGAGCUACCCUCCGAAGAAGGAACGGGUUCGUGCCGUCUCAAUCCAGACCGGAUACUUAGUGGAGACGAACACUGCCAACAGCUGUACCCUCACCUACCUGGCUGAGGUUGACCCCAAAGGUUCGUUGCCAAAGUGGGUGAUGAACCACUCCUGGCAUCUUCUUGCCCCCAAGGCCAUGAAGAAGAUCUACAAAGCCUGCCUGAAGUAUCCUGAAUGGAAAGGAAAGCACAACCCCUCCUUCAAGCCCUGGAUCCAUCCGGAACAGAGCAACUUGCCCACCAUCCCCCUCUCGGACCUCUCCAUCCAGCACGCCGAUUCCCUAGAGAACAUCGACGAGAGCGGAAUCCUCCAGGCCAAGGACGAGAAGGCGGACAGCAGCGAUGAGGACAGUCUGAACUGAGGGGGGGGGGGCGGUCCCUGGAACCAGCCAGGUCAACGAGACCCCACACACAAUUCAGAAAAAAGUGCGGCUAAUGUUCCCAUCAGACCGUGCGAAGUAGGAGCAGAAUUAGGCUCUUUGGCCCAUCGAGUGGUCUGCUGUCCCAUCAUGGUUGAUUUAUUAUCCCUCUCAAACCCCAUUCCCCUGUGCUUUCCCUGAAUCCUCUGAUGCCGUGACUACUCUGUUUUCAAUAACCCCAUAACUUAGUCUCCACAGCAUCUGUGGCAAUGAAUUCCACAGAUACACCAGCCUCUGGCUAAAAAAAUUCCUCCUCACCUCUGUUCUCAAUGGACGCCCCUCUAUUCUGAGGCUGUGCCCUCUGGUCCUAGACUCCCCCAAUAUAGGAAACAUCCUCUCCACAUCCACUCUAUCUAGGCCUUUCAAUAUUGGAUAGGUUUCAAUGAGAUCCCCGCCCCCAUUCUUCUGAACUCCAGCAAGUACAGGCCCAAAGCCAUCAAGCACCCCUCAUACAUUAACCUUUCAUUCCCAGGAUCAUUCUCGUGAACUUCAGGGAGGUUGUGUCCGGUUCCCUGGGUGGUGAUAGGGUGUGGAUGUGUUUAACAUUGUUGACUGAUUUUCCUUGUCUCUUUAAGGCAAUCCUGAUUGUGUUUUUACUGAAAUGGGCAGGAGGUCAGUCACCUUGCAGAUGUGCACCACCUCCCUGAAUCUGUCGCUCAUCCUUCUCCCCCCUCCGCCCCCACCUUAGAGCAGAGAACAGGCCCUUUGGCCCACAAUCUGUGCCAAACCCAAUGCCAAAGGAAACUAAAUCUCUUCUGCCUGUACAUGAUCCAUAUCCAUGAUGUUCUCCUGGGUGUUGUCUGUUGGUGGGCCCUCAGGUGGCUGUAGGGUCUGAUCUGGGUUCCACAUGUUGAGGUUCAGUGUGGGUAGGUGUAAGCGGUGGCUGGGUCUUUGAUUGAUCAGCCUCUCCUUUAGCAGCUGCCACUUGUUCUCCGGGGCACAGUGGAGAUUGUUCUCAUGUGGCCCAGCUCCCUCCUGAACAGAUUUUCUCCAGCUAUGUCCAUGGAGUGCAAUGUCUUCCCAGUUUUCAGACGUACCGUUGAAAUUCUUCAGGCUGAUUUCGAUGUUAUCUGUGAAGUAUUUCUUUAGUUUAUUAAACACCUCUAUCGCGCCUGCUCCCAGCACCCCCAGGCAGCACAUUCCAGGACCCCACCGCUCUCUGGGUAAAACAACAUCUCCUUUCAACUUAUCUCCUCUCAGCUUAAAUGCUUGUCCUUCAGUAUUUGCAAUAUCCACCCUGGGAAUACCUUAUCAAUGUCUUGGAUAAUCUUAUAAACUUCUAUCAGAUCUCUCCUCAGCCUUUGCUGCGCCAGAGAACACAACCCAAGUUUGUUUAACCCCUUGUUAUAGCUCAUAUCCUCUAAUCAAGUUUCCUUGUAAAACACAAGACGUAGGAUCAGAAUUAGGCCCAUCGAGUCUGCUCUGCCAUUUCAUCAUGGCUGAUCCAUUUUCCCUCAGACGCAGUCUCCUGACUUCUCCCUGUGUACUUUCUAGACUGACUAAUCAAGAAUCUAUCCAACUUCUGCCUUAAACAUCCCCAAUGACUUGGCCUCCACAGGUGGCUUUGGCAAAAACUUUUGCAGAAUCACCACUCCUUGGCUAAAGAAAUUCCCCCUCAUCUCCGUUCUGCAAGGACACCCCUCUGUUCUAAGGCUGUUCCCUCUGGUCUUAAGACUCUCCCACCAUAGGAAACAUCCUCUCCACAUCCACUCUAUCAAGGCCUUUCAUUAUUUGAUCGGUUUCAAUGAGGCCACCCCUCAUUCUUCUGAAUUCCAGUGAAUACAAGCCCAAAGCCAUCAAAUACUCUUCAUAUGACAAGCCAUUCAAUCCUGGAAUCAAUUUAGUGAACCUCCUUUGAACCCUCUCCAAUGUCAGCACAUCCUUUCUUGGAUAAGGGGACCAACCUCUUCUGCACCUCUCCAAGGCCUCUACACUCAAUACUCUGUGUAGAGGAAUGGAGAGGUCCUGUGGAGGGUUUAACUGAGUCAGGGGUUAAAUAUUUCAAAGAUAAAGAUUAGCUUUAGUUGUAACAGAAACAUAGAGUGAAGUGGGUCAUUUGUGGCAACAACCAACAUGGUCCGAGAUUGUGCUGGGAGCAGCCCACAAACGUCACCCCGCAUUCCAGUGACGACAUAACAUACACCCAACUUACCAACCCUGACUAAUCCGUGUGUUUUUGGAACGUGGGAGAAAUCCGGAAUCCCGAAGGAAACCCAUGUGGUCAUGGGGAGAACGUACAAACCCCUUCCAGACAGCAGAGAGAACUGAAUCCUGGUUGCUGGCACUGUGAAGUGUUUUGCUGAAUGCCACACUACCCUGUCUCUGCUCGUUGUGUAAAAUUUUACUCCUCUGAUCCCCUAUGAACCUCCUCCCUCUCAACUUAAAACUCUGCUCACUAGUUUUAGCUCCCUGCCCUGGGAAACAGAUUCUGGCCUUCGAUCUUAUUUCUGCCUCUCAUUCUCCACUAUCAAAUCAGCUCGGUCUCUGUCACUGCAGAGGAAACAGAACUAGCCCUACUCACUCAAGCCCUCCAGUCCAGACAACAUCCCCGUCAGUCUUUCCUGCACCCUCGCUCGCUCAACCACUCCCAUCCUACAACGUGACACAAGGGCAACCCAACCAACAUUUUAGAGCCAUGGAGUGCAACUACACAGAGACAAGCCCCUUGGCCCAUCUAGUCCAUGCUGAACUAGCCCCAUCAACCUGAACCUGCACCUGGACCAUAGUCCUCCACACCCCUCCCUCAUCCUUGUACUUAUCCAAACUUCUCUUAAAUGUCCCACACUUGCACCACCCUCUGGGUGAGGGUGAUACCCCCCAGGUUCUCCUUUCGCUCAUAACCCUUGACCUCUAGUUCUGGUCUCACCAAAACUGGUUCAGUGGAAGGAAGCCUUCUUGUAUUUAGCCUGCCUAUGUCCCUCAUAAUUUCGCAUGCCUCUAUCAAAUCUCCCCUCAUUCUCCUACGCUCCAGGGAAUAAACUGUUAACUGUCUCAAUGCUCUGGCAAUAUUGGAACCCAAGUGUGGAGGAAAAACAGUCUCUGAUGUAGAGAUGGCAACCAGAGUUUAUUCAUAAUAAUUCCAGCAGAACGUUGGUGGUUCGGCUGAGCGACUGUGCGAGAAGUGAUGUUCUCAGAACUAGGACCCCGCCAUUAGUGCUAAUCCGUCGUCCACUUAAAUACUACAGGUAACACAGAAUCCCCAAGCUUGUCACAUCAACUUAACAUGAUUAAACAGAAAGCACCAGCAAAUGACAUUACAGAGAGUGAGCUGCUCGAUAAAAACACGAGGAAGUCGAAAUGAUUAAUGACUCUUGUUAAACAGCAAGUAACUAAUUCAGGUGUUCUGAACAACCUUGGAGCCCAAUGCUCUCUGGCCUGAAGAGCUCAUUACACCUUUCCCCAUAUCGCAGGUCCACAAGUCCCAGUAACAUGCUCGUAAGUUUACUCCAUACUCCUUCAAUCUUAUUGAAGGUAGAUAGGUGACCAAAACUGCACACGAUACCCGAAAUUAAGCCUCACUAAUGUCUUAUACAAUUGCAACAUAACAUUCCAACUCCUGCACUCUGAUUUAUGAAGGCCAAUGUGUCAAAAAGUCCUGAUGAACCUACCUUUAUGUUCAUUCAUUGUCUGCCGUGUAGUAUGAUGUAGGCAAUUGUGGACUUUCCAUGACUCUUGGCAGAUUUUUCUACAGAAGUGGUUUGUCAUUGCCUUCUUCUGGGCAGUGUCUUUACAAGACUGGUGACCCCAGCCAUUAUCAAUACUCUUCAGAGAUUGUCUGCCUGGUGUCAGUGGUCACAUAACCAGGACUUGUGAUAUGCACCAGUUUCUCAUAUGGCCAUCCACCACCUGCUCCCAUGGCUUCAGAUGACCCUGAUUGGGGUGGGGGGGGGGGCUAAGCAGGUGCUACACUUGCCCAAGGGUGACCUGCAGGCUAGCGGAGGGAAGGAGCACCUUACACCUCCUUUGGUAGAGACGUGUCUCCACCCUGUGACUCUGUAUGAUCUGAACCUAUUCAAACUUUCCCUAUAACCCAGGUCCUCAAGCCCCAGCAACAUCCUUGUAAAUUUUCUUUGUACUCUUUCAAUCAUAUUUUGUACCCCCUGUAACAUGAUGUCCGAACUUUGAUAUUAUUUCCACUGAUCGUGUAAGCCGUCAGCUACGUGUCCUGCCAACUUGUUGCUGCUGUGACGUUGCGAUGGAGGGAGGACGUCAGAUUUUGUUCAACUCCCGGCGAAGUGGGAGACACUGAAACACAACCUGGAGGUCAUGGGUUAAGGGUGAAAUGUUUAAGGGGAACUUGAUGGGGGAUCUCCUUCACUCUGAAGGUGGUGAGUGUGGAAUGAGCUGCCAGCGGAAGUGGUGGUUGCAGGUUCGAUUACAAGAUUUAAGAUAAAUUUGGAUAUGGAGGGCUGUGGUCUGAGUACAAGUCAAUGGGACCAGCCGGAUUAAUGGUUAGGCAUGGACUAGAUGGGCUGAAGGGCUGCUUUCUGUGUUGUAGUGCUCUAUGACUCUGUGACUGACCUUACCUGUGGAUAUCCCGAGCGCUUGAUCUUUAUCUCAUCACGACACAUUAAGCCCGGACAACUGUGUUUUGUAUACAGUAUAUAUGUAGAUAGUUACAGAAAGGAGAAUUACAAAAUAAAAGAGUGCUGAACUACUCAACCAGAAUGAAUAAUGAUGUGAUUUUGUGCUCUCUUUAAGCCUUGUCAUUGUGUCUGUCCCCACCACUUCCCCUUGUAACCCAUUCCAAGGCCCCAAACACUCUCCAUGUAAAUGAAAAAGUGCUUGCCUCGCAAGUUCCUUUUAAACUUUUCCCCCCUCUCUCCUUUAACCCCUGCUCUCUCGUUUUUGAGAUUCCACCCGGGAGGAGAAAAGAUUCGACUUUUCGCCUCUCAGUCUCCGCCACUCCACAGAAAACAUGCCACACCACAAACAGUUCAGCUUUUCAGCUGACAAUGCUGUGCUGACCUCUACGAUCAAUCUAACCCUCCCCUCCCACCUAGCCCUCCAUUUCUCUUUCAUCCGUGUGCCUAAGAGUCUCUUAAAUGUCCCUAGUGUUUGAAACGAGAGAGCAGAUUGGGAGCUCGGGUUGGUGUGUGUGUGUUGGGUUGUUCGCUGAGCUUGGAGGUUGGUCGCCAUCAUUUCAUCAGGAGUUGAUGAUGUCACCUUGACUGGCGACCUAACAUCCAAGCUCGGCAAACAACCCUACAAAUAUGUCCCUAAUGCAUCUGGCCUGUAUCAGCACCCCGGCAGGGUGUUCCACACACCUUCUACUCUCUGCGUAAAGAAAACAAACUUAGCUCUGACAAC